AUGCCCCAGGCGUUUUCGGGGUUGGCAAAGCGCGCGUCUUUGUUUCGUGUACAUGCACAAUUCCAUGAUGCAAACGUUUUCUACGUUUUGGCGCGUGUCUUCGACUGGUUUGAGCUUUUUGAAGUUCCACUGGACGGCUCGCCAGUGGAUCACGGCGGUGACGGCGCCUGGCAUGCCCCCGCGAUGCUUAUCAACUUCCAGGCAACGCGUGCUUGGCUGUUGAGCGACAGCUGGUCACGGUUUCAAGUCAAGAUGGAGAUGUACCAACAUUGGUGGAAGAUCAAGCGUACUGCGGGAUUUUGGAUUUCUGGGUAUGGAAAGGAGUCUUGGAUGGGGACAAAAGCUCACUGUCCGAGACGGACGAGGAGACGAGAUAUUAUGGGGUGA